UUAGCAUGUGAUUAUCCCAGAGCAGAAGCCGCUGCACAGUGAAGCAGGUGCCGAACAUGGCGAGUCAGCCCGGAGCCGCUCUCCUCUUCCUCCUCCUGGUCAGCGGGCUCCGAGUCGGAUCACUGCAGCCAGGGAGAAGUUCCAGUCUCCAAGGGUCUUCAGAAAACUCUGCCUUACCUGAUUCGUUCUAUGAGCACCCUGAAAGCUCUGGAGAGCGCCUGAAUCUGGAGACAGAGAAUGUUACAGUGGUGGAAGGAGAGGUUGCGACAAUUAGCUGCCGGGUGAAAAACAAUGAUGACUCUGUUAUCCAACUGCUUAAUCCCAACCGGCAAACAAUCUACUUCCGAGACUUCAGACCACUGAAGGAUGCACGGUUCCAGCUGGUGAACUUCUCCAGCAGUGAGUUGAGGGUCUCGCUCACGAAUGUUUCCAUCCACGAUGAGGGGAGGUACUUCUGCCAGCUCUACACCGACCCCCCACAGGAGGCAUAUACCACCAUUACUGUGCUUAUUCCACCAAACAACCUCGUCAUAGAUGUGCAAAAGGACACUUAUGUAGAAGGGGAAGAAGUGGAGAUGAACUGUACUGCCAUGGCCAGCAAACCAGCAGCAGUAAUACGGUGGUACAAGGGAACUCAGGAACUAGAAGGUAGUAAAACAGAGGUGGAGGCCGUGGACAACAAGAUGUUCCGAGUACGCAGCCAAAUAUCAGUCACUGUUCUUCGGGAAGAUGACGAUGUCCCUUUUGUGUGUCUUGUUGACCACCCAGCUGUCAAAGACCUGGAGACCAAACAGUACAUCGAAGUGCAGUAUAAACCAAUGGUGAUGGUGUCUGUGACUUAUCCCCAAGGUCUUACCAGGGAAGGGGAACCGCUGGAACUGACCUGCAAAGCUGUUGGUAAACCCAGGCCAGAAAGAGUAUUAUGGCAGAGAGUGGAUGAUGAUCUUCCUGAACAUGUCACCAUCGAUGAAGACAAGCUCAUAUUCAACAGCUUAAAUAAGACAGACAAUGGCACAUACCGAUGCGAAGCCUCCAACAGUGUCGGCAGCUCCUCGGCUGAUUAUACGCUUUAUGUGUACGAUCCCCCCACUACCCCCCUACCACCCACAACAACCUCCACCACCACCACAACUACCACACCCUCCACCAUCCCAGACGCAAGUGCAACGACAGAGCCUGCGGUUCACGAUACCCGGGCAGGAGAAGAAGGACCCCUUGCUGUAGAUCAUGCAGUAAUCGGGGGCGUUGUGGCUGUGGUGGUCUUCGCUAUGCUUUGCCUUCUUAUCAUCCUGGGCCGCUACUUUGCUCGGCAUAAAGGAACAUAUUUUACCCACGAAGCCAAAGGUGCAGAUGACGCAGCAGAUGCAGAUACUGCAAUCAUCAACGCAGAGGGCGGGCAGAACAGCUGUGAAGAGAAGAAGGAAUAUUUUAUCUAGCCUGGCCUUGUUACUGGGUGUGAGCUCUGCUCAGACUCAUCGCCCAAAGGGAAAGGACCUUCCAGCGUCUGUUUUUCUUUUUCUUUAAUCAUUUGGUUUUGGAGCGGAUGGAGGAGCUGGGGACCCAUCUGGUAUAAAGUGAUUGUCCCACAAUACUCUCUGCUUUUUUUUUUCUUGCCACUUUCCUUUCAUGGGAAUAACAGGAGCUUGAUAUGUUCGUUUUUAUUCUGUAGAGGGGUUGGGGGUGGGGGUAUUGCAAGUGAAAUGUGGAUUCCGGCCUCCUCAGUGCAGGAGGAUUCUGUUGCAGAGCUUUCUGCGCCCAUGUGUAGGGAAAUAUUCCACAGGCUUCUCCUCCACUGAAGAUGUAUAUUUAUCAUCUGCAGACAAUUUGGUGCCUUGCUUGUUUUUUUAUUUCACUUUCCCGAGAAGUUCUUGUUUCCCCGGCUGGUUUUCGUGUCACUUCCUGCUGGGGCUGCUUUACUGUGUGUUUUGAGCCACUUACUUCUGAGGUUGCUCAUUUGUUUGUCCAUUUCAUUUCACGUCAAAGCUGUUUUUUUUUUUUUUGUUGUUGUUGUUUAAGCCAUCUGCUUGUGUCCCUUUACGGCCUUUUUGACAGGCUUUGGUGCAUCCACCAUUUAGUAUUUUGUACUGUCCUCUCUGCUUUCAUACAGUAGGGUCUUGUUUUCCUUGUGAAUAUAAUUUUCUCAUUGCGUACCCACCCGUCUGUCACUGGGUUUAAGAUAUCUAUCCUCACCUGUAACCAUCCACAGGGGCUGUCGGUUUCAUGUUGCUUUAACUACUCUCUUCCAUUUAUUGUUUUCAUCUCACGUCUCUGAUUGCUGAGGGGGGGGGGGGCACUCUUUAAUUCCAAUCCAUCUUAUGCCACCCGUCUGUCUUAACUUGUCACUUUGUGCUGUGGCAGUCUCUUCGCUGUCCAUCCUGGUUUAUAUUCAGCAUGUCUCUUUCUGGAUGUCAGGCUUGUGAUACAGAGGAGUCAAUCUACUCUUCUCUGGGAAGUGAAUAUUCUCUCAAUUAACAAUGUAGAGAUUGGAAAAGAGAGAGACUUUUGGAACUAACUGCGUUUCAGGCAUGAGGAAGCUCCUACACCUCCCUCCCCCAGCCCAGUAUGGUCAGUUGGUGGAAACACAAGCGGACGUGCCUUUUUUUUAUUCACAAGUGAACAAGCUGGAGAAAAAAAGAUGGAAGAACAUGCAUGGGAACAUUUCCUUCUGCUCUGAUAAAUCGCAUUUUUAACAAUGGUUUCAAUGCUCAUAGACAGCCCUUCUAUCUCCCAUUUUCUCUGCGUUCCUGUUGUUCGACCUCCAUUUACCCUCACUCACCUUUUUCUGUUACCUCCAUGCCUUUACUCAUAGCAACAAGUUUAAUUUCCUACAAUCCUUCAUGUUUUCCUCACGCUUUACUCCUCCUUUCCAGUCACAUGCUUCUCUCUCUCUCCCGUGCUGUGUCUUAGUACAGGGCUGUGAUGCAAAGUCCUCUAUACUGUUACUGCAGUAGGACUGCGGUACUCUUGCCAUGCUGAAGGUGCAGUACCACUAACUGUACAAAUAAGGCAUUCAAUCCUUCACACGACUCUACUAAGAGCAGCCUGUAAUAUAUAAUCUGUAAUAUUAUUGUGUUGUCUGGAGGGUUCAGUCAAAAGUUGUUAAAGUGUAAAACAAUGAGAAAUGUCAUUGCUGCUAUAGAAGGUGUUAGCAGGGUAAGUGCGUUGCUUAUUUGUCACACCCACUGUAUAUUGCUGAGUAGAGCUGCACCUAUAUUCUGUCUUACAAAAUUUGAAGUGUAGGGGUUAUUUUAAGAUGGCCACUGAGCUGAUUCUAUGUUUUCUGUUGUGUACAUGUAAAGGAAGAAAGCAGAAAAUGUUUUACGGUUGAGUUCCCCCCAAUCUUAGAUAGACUUGUGCAGGUAGAAUGCUCAGGCUGACCUGCCACCAUUUUGUGUGAAUGCGUGUGCGCGCACUAGAACAGGAGCCAUUAUCAUUUCCAAACCCACCUGCCUCAUUACCUUAUUGGCCUCCUUUGUAAUAUAAAACACACAUCUUCUACACUUUGCCUAGGUAGAGUGAAUUUUUUUUUAUUUCUUGCACAUUUGAAGCCGUUGAGAAUGAAAGAUUAGUCCAAGACUUAAAUUUUAUCUUGCAUAAUGUAUAUUUGUAUAAAAUAUUGACCACACAACAGUAGCUACCUUUUUAGGUCCUUCCCUUUGGAAAUCCAAUUUUUAAAGAUGGCCGACUGAUUUUAUUCUGUCACACCUGAUCAUAUCGCAUAGAGAGCGUAGAGUCUGUGGAUUUUAAAGCUACUUUUAUUUAGCGAGUACAAAGGAGUUUUUAAUGGCUUUUAUUUUUUAAAUUAAAAGGGGGGUUAUUUAAAAGUGGUAAAUGGGAGUCAAGUGGAAGUUACAGAAUGAGACUAUGUGGUAAAACGUAUAUGAUCAUAUAUCUAUCUGCUGGUUUUGUAAAGUGUUUGCUUUUGAAUGAAAUAAUAUUCCCUUUAUGUAGCAGCUCCUAAAUGGCUGUGGAAGAGCCAGAAUUUUACCUCAGGUGUGGUGUAUAUUUUAUUUAAACACGAUCCUAGGAGUUUCUGGGCAAUCACACUUGAGGUAGCUUUGGGCUACAUUGGGUAACGGAAUGUAAAAAAUGGCACAUUUUUUUCAGUCAAGUUGCUUACAAAAAUGCCACAAUCAUUGUUUCAGGGAUUUUGCAGCGGCAGCACUGACCUGAACAGAGUUUUGUUAUUCUUUCUAUAGAAAAAUAUUAAGGGGCAUCCUAUUACCAUCAUAGACUGGUUAUUUCUUGUUGCUCUUAAUUGUUUGUGGCCUGCAGUGAGCCUUUGGGGAACCUGCUUUUUUUUCUUCUUCUGAUAAAAUGGGAUUUUUACAUUCUGGAUAAAGACACCCUAUACAAACUAACAUAAAAUAAAAUUAUUUUUUAUUAUUAUUUUUUUUAGCAGAGUACUCAAUAGACAUUAUUGCUACCCCAUCCAUAACAGAACAAUUUUACAUGUAUUAUGUAGAGGAUAUUUGUCUUUCUGAUAUCAAACUUUAGCUUUUAAUAUCGGCUGUUUACAAAAACAGCAUCACUGUGUAUACACAUCCAUAUUUCUGAACUAUAAAAUAGACUGGUUUUGUCUUUUUUUUAAUUAUUAUUUUGUUAACAUAUUUGUUUCGGUGAAAUAUGUUCAUUUUGCUAAAAUGCUGACUUGUUUGAGACAACAAAAAAAUUCAUGGCCCCAAAUGAGAAAUAUUUCAACAGCUGUGCCUGGGGCAAUGAUGGACUAAAGUCACCAUAUUCAGAGUGUUAUUGUGUUAUUACUGUUACAGAAACUGCUAUUUUUUUCUUUACUUUUUUUUUUUUAUAUAUACAAUUAUUCAUUGAAAGUAAUGGACAUAUUGUUUCCUACUUUUUCUUGUUCUGUAUGAAGUGUAUUGUUUGGAUAUAUUGUACCUGGACUCCUCUACAGUAAUCUGUGUGUGUUGUGCCACUGUUUGGUUGUCUAGACCACCAAUCUUCCUCUGCUCCCAUAGCAGGAUAUUACAGGUUUUAACAAUUCACCUGUAAUUCCUUGUAUUUGUUGAUAUUCACAAUCCUUGAUGAUCGUUUUACAAAUGGUCAUGUUUAAUACAUACAGUUCUAUCUCGGAAUGUGAUAUGUAAUGUGGGAGUGAGGGGAAGGUUGUAAGAAUAGACAGUUGUCAUGCUGGCUGGUUUUAGGACAGAUCGUAAGUCUAUUUGGCAGUAGAUAUUUUUUCCGGUGUAAACUUGCCGGUUUACAUUCCCUCUAUUGGCGGCUCCUGGAGUUUGUUCUGUUCAUUGUGAGCGCCCGUUUUCUUGCUUCUGCUUGUCUCAGGUCCCUGUGUUCCCACCCUUGUCUGUUCUGUCUCAGGUAGGCUGCUAAACCUUAGCCCCCACAUUGGAAAAUGAAACAAAACCAACCACAUUAUGGAUAGAUAAAUAUUCAUUCCUUUUUUAUUUUAAUUAUUUUAUUUUGGCUUUUUAGUUGUAUUAUUUCUGUAUUUUUUUUUAAUAUACGGUACACUGUUUGAAAUGUAUUGUUGAGUAUUACUUUGUAAGAAAAUGACAAUAAAAUAUAAAAUUAU